AUGCCAGCAUCACCUCUGUCAAAGGCACUCAGAAUAUCACCAGAUGCGACGUACUCAUUCUUAAUUAAAUCACAACGAACAAUGGUAGGUAAUCCAGUACCCCAGAUGAGUAUAGGCCAGUUGUCGGUCUCGUGUAUCCAACUGGAAGAAUCGAAGGAGUUGAAGACAUUGUUCCCAGAUGCAUCGAUAAGAUACGCUCCUGCAUUGACUAGAGAUGUUUGA